AUGGACACGCGCAUGGACAGCGACCUCCGAGAAGACUUUUCUUUGGGUGGAGGCUGGGCGGUUCACACUCGUCAUUGCAACCGCAAACCAACGUUUCGCAAACUCGAGGCAUUCGCCUCAUUGCAGUCAGAAUGGGGCGAAUGCUUCGAGUUUGCGAACGAGUGGGAUUUUACCUUGCGGCGAAAAUCCGCAUCUCUCCGGCUCCGUCACAGGAUUGCGAUGCAGAGGGCUGCGAAGGAACGAUUGCUCUCUGAGGAACUCAUCAGCAUCGUGGAAGUUCGCAUAAGGCAUAACGCUCCGCAUCGGACGAACAUACCUAUACCGGAACUACGCUUCCGUACAUUUCAUCGCAAACAGGAUCGGAACAACCAGCCCCCAACGCAGCUCCCGAACCCCGUCGCCACCCCGCACGCGUUCCGCCACCGGCUUCCUCCCCGCCACCGAUUGGGAGGAUCUUGCUGCGAAGAUGGGAAAGAUGGGAGUGACUGCUCCCGCUGCCGCCAACGGGAAGGCCAUCAAGAUCUUUUUCAAGGUCUUGCCCUUCACCUCGCCCAAAGAGACCUCGGUGGAUCCCGUAAGGUCUCUCCCGAGGUCUCGCCGUCGACCUUGCCCAAAGAGACCUCGGUGGCUUCCCGCAAUGUCUCUCCCAAGGUCUGGCCGUCGACCUGGCCUAAAGGGACCACGCUGGCCGUUGGCCGAGGCUACUUUCAACCCACCGCCAAGGGAAAAGAGCGCGCCACCACGCCGCCGACCAAAGUCGCAUUCUGGCGCAAUUACGGUCCCCCGCAAGCAUCGUCCUCCAAGGUGCUUUUGCCUUCGCGUGCCAAGAUCACACCGACAAGGACGCUGCUGUCGGUGCCUCCAAGAAGACCACCCCACCGCAGAUGGACGCCGCUCCCCGCCAAGAAGGACAGCAUGACCAGCCAGUCCCUUGCCGUCCCCGCUGGAGUCGAGGCCCUCUUCGGAGCAAUAAGCGAGCGCCUCGCAGCACUGGAGAACCGUAAAAAUGCGAAGGCUCAAGCUGCCGCAGACGCUGCCACCAAAGCCAGAGCCGCCACCACCGAAAAUGGUCGCAAUGAAGAACGAGCUGGAGCCUGCGCAGAAGGUCCAUGCUCAGGAAGUGCUGGACUUUACGCGCAGGUGCAAAGACCUUGCGGACGCUCUGACUGUCAAGGGCCGUCGCAUUCGAGCAACGUGUCACCGACGCCCGACACCCGCAUCGCAGCAACCAGUGAGAGGUUGCGCGCGUGGAGGGAAUCGUGGCCGCCAUCGACGGCGGAAUCCAUGGGGAAGAGGAGGAAGAGCAGGCAGGCCGAAGAUGUUUUUGAUGAAGAAGUCGACGGAGACGCUGAUGAGGAAGAGGUUGAGGCAGAAGACGCUGAAGGAGAAGGAGCUGUGGAAGAAGAAGAGGUCGUUGUUGAGGAACUUGAGGAGGAGGCGCCUGUCGAAGACGCUGAGGUGGAUGCAGAGGUGGAUGACCACGCCAACAAAGUGCAGGAGGGCGAUGAGGUGGUGGGGUUGCACAUCUCUGAGAGCGAUGGGUAG